UCUUUUGGUAUAUACUUUUGUUCGCAAGAUCGACCAUGCCAAGGUCGAAUGACGAUCUGCCAGCCGGCGGAGACAAGGGCCAGAAAUCUCGAUUGAGAGCAGCUAGAGCGUGUGAACCAUGUCGAUUGAGGAGAGUCAAAUGUGAUGGAGAGCAUCCUUGUUCAGCCUGUCAACAAUCGGGACUACCAUCACGGUGUCUAUUUCGGACCAAAGCGAGGCCCAACAGAUCCAGGUCCAGCAAAUUCAACGAGUUAGAAGACCGUCUUACGACCGAGUCUAUCUCUCCUGUCGCUUCAACAUCUCGUCACGCGCUGAAUGAUGACAGUUCGCCAUUCCGGAUGUCCCAUGUCAGCCCAUUGCGGCCAAUCACAUUCAUCGAGGAUGCAGUGAAGCAAUGGGCAGCUUUUAAUGGUUCGUCUGGCUGGUCUCGGUCUAGACCCCACUGGGAUCGUGUUCCAUGACAGCAGUCGUGUCAUCAAACAAGCUUCUUUCUACCGCAACUCCGCUGUCGAGACCAAUCUCAUAUCUUUCUAUCUCGGAACAGUGCCCACCCAUACGGACAUCUUUGAUCGUGAAAAGGCGAGAAACCUCUUCCCCCGAUUCGCAACCCUUCCAGAGAGCCUCAUGGAUGACGAAACGGCUUAUGUCUUUGCUUGUCUAUGCAAAGCGGCAGACAUGCGUGUUCAGGAACGAUGGAGCGGGACAGAUAUACCCGAGUCGGAUAGGAAACAGUUUCAGGAUCUCGCCAUUGGGUAUUAUCAUUUGGCUUGUGAGGCCGUAGGCCAAGCUAGCAUCCCCAGUAUCUUGACACUGUCUGCGUUACAAUACUUGACGACGUUUGCUGCUGCUCGCGGCAGCAGAACACAGACUAUGAAUCUGUUACAAAAGAUGGGAUGGCAAGUGCACCAACUUGGGUUGUGCAAAAAGGCUACGGCGAAUCUAUACGAUCUUUCGGAUGGAGCCGGACAACUCUUGGCAUCUGUGCUUUACAUGGAUUCUCAAUGCGGUAUCCUACUGGAUCUCUCAUCCCAGAUCCUCACCUCGGAGCUCGACUGGGAUCCCAGUAUCGAUACUCCACCUCCCAUUUCGGCCACCUCUUUAAAAGUCAUGCGGCUCGAAGCUGACUUCCUCGACCUGUCAACCAAGAUUGAUUUCCAAAACGAUGUCCAUCUCGUCCUUCGGACCGAAAGCAACUGGUCGAGUUUUCUGAAAUCAGUUCAUAUACAGCAUACGACGGAAAAGGAAGGCAUGAGGCAUUCUUUUCUCGGUUGGGCAUUGAUCCGAGUCAGCAUGCUCAGUAUCAUGCUCCGAUCACCUUUACUCUACCAUGAGACCCUCGGGUCUUCGUCCUUGUCCAUCGUUGCCAGAAGCGCUUCGACGGUACUGAGAGUAUAUUGGGAUCUGACGCUCAUUGGGAAAUUGGAGCCAUGUUGGCCCCAACUUCGACGCAUCACAACUUGCAUUCAGUUGGUCAUUCUGACCUGUGCAGAAGGACAUCUCCAUCCGACCGAAGCGAGAGAUUUACUGUCGAUCGGUAUAGAUCUAGUGAGAAAACAUGAGCCCGUGUCCGAUACGGCUGUUCAAAUGGCCGCUUCAUUUCAAAAUGCAAAGAACAAGCUUCUUCAUGGAUUGUCGGUGUCUCAGCUUUCACCAUCCGAUCCGCUGGGUGACUUGUCAUCAGUGGGGACGGGACAUGAAGCUGGUUCAGGUAAUCCAAACGCGGAGAUGGAUUGGCCCUCAUUCUUCGCUGGAUUAACAGACAUGGACACCAAUCCGUUCACGGAAGAAUCGCCAUUUGACCUGUUGGACAAGGGGAUGGCGUAAUGAUGUUUUUGUUGUGUUGUGGGGGGAGAGGGGACAUACCGAAGAUGUCUUGUCUAGACCUUAGAAGCGCCAAUGUGCACGCCAUACGCUGUAGCAAA